UUUCCACUCCCCUUCCUUUAACUAUAUUCCCAUUUCGCCCUCUCCUCUUAGCUCGCAUCAAAUCUAGAGAGAGAGAGAGAGAAUUCCGGCCACGAUUUGUCGGCAAUGCUUUAAAACAUACCCAUUUCAUAGAUCUGUGCAUUACAGCCUCUUUUCUGAAGCAAUAAGAAGGGAAGAAAUCUGAAAUCUCUGUUGUGCUAUAUAUCAUGGCGCCGACCACGAUUCGAAAGGCGAUCGGGGCAGUGAAGGAUCAGACGAGCAUAGGGCUCGCGAAAGUAGCCAGCAACAUGGCGCCGGAGCUGGAAGUUGCUAUUGUUAAGGCUACAAGCCAUGAUGAUGAACCUGCGAGCGAGAAGUACAUCCGUGAGAUUCUUCACUUGACUUCUGUCUCUCGUGGCUAUGUGAGUGCUUGUGUUUCGUUGAUUUCCAGAAGGUUAGGCAAAACCCGCGAUUGGAUUGUUGCCAUCAAGUGUUUGAUGCUCAUUCACCGUCUUCUCAAUGAUGGUGAUAUUGUGUUUCAGCAAGAGAUCAUGUAUGCCACGAGGAGAGGCACCAGGCUUCUCAAUUUGUCUGAUUUUCGCGAUGAGGCUCAUUCGAAUUCGUGGGAUCAUUCGGCUUUUGUAAGGACUUAUGCUUUGUAUUUGGAUCAAAGAUUGGAGUUG